UCGCUCGUAGAGAUCAUCGCUCUGCCUAGGCUGUUGUGUCGAUCCAAUUGGAUAUAGGGCCCAAGCCAUGGCGGAGAAGACUCAGAAAAGUGUGAAGAUAGCACCUGGAGCAGUGGUGUGUGUAGAAAGUGAAAUCAGGGGUGAUGUAACUAUAGGACCCAGGACAGUGAUCCACCCUAAAGCACGAAUCAUUGCGGAAGCUGGGCCAAUAGUGAUUGGCGAAGGUAACCUCAUAGAAGAACAGGCACUUAUCAUAAACGCUCACCCUGAUAAUAUCACUCCUGAUGCUGAAGACCCAGAACCCAAACCUAUGAUCAUUGGCACCAAUAAUGUUUUUGAAGUUGGCUGUUAUUCCCAAGCCAUGAAAAUGGGAGAUAAUAAUGUUAUUGAAUCAAAAGCGUAUGUGGGCAGAAACGUCAUAUUGACGAGUGGUUGCAUCAUCGGGGCUUGUUGCAACCUGAAUACAUUUGAAGUCAUCCCUGAGAACACAGUGAUCUAUGGCGCAGACUGCCUUCGUCGGGUGCAGACUGAGCGGCCACAGCCCCAGACACUACAGCUGGAUUUCCUGAUGAAAAUCUUGCCAAACUAUCAUCACUUAAAGAAGACUAUGAAAGGAAGCUCAACUCCAGUUAAGAACUAAGAACAAUAUAUGACAUCAAGAUAACAUUUGUCUUUGACCACUGUCUUUUGAAAAGGCCACAAUGUUUAUGCACUCUUAGCAGUCCACAGAAUAAUAUGUGUUGACUUUAUUCUGUAAAACUGAGUUAGAGGGGAAAGUAAUGGAUUUUCAUUGUAACUGUGCUCUAUAAUUUAUGUAAAAUGUAUUAUUUUAUGAUACCCUUUUCCCUUUUCUGAUAGUUUACAAAUUUUUUGUUUUGUGUUGUCUUGUUAUAUAAAAUGUUGGCCAUGAAUUUUAGUUAUAUGAAAGGCUACCCAUGAUAAGAAAGAGCCUAUUGUUAUGUAUUUAUAUUCUAGCAUUUACUAAAUUAAAUAAAAAUGUUGAUGACGGGA